AUGGCGGAGGACCGGAAGUUUGAGUACCCGGACAACAUGACGGACGACGAGAUCGCGAGGCUCGGUGUCCUCGUCUCGGAGGUGGACCGACCGGUGCAGCCGCGGCUGCCUAGGUACGCCUCCGACAUCAUGUCGCCGGGCCUCACGGAGGAAGAAGCCCUACGACUGGGGCUAGAGGACUCGGCCACGCCACCGGUUCAACCGCCGCCUCCGCCACCGGCCUGGGCUCCUCCACCUCCGCCACCGGCCUGGGAUCCUCCACCUCCGCCACCGGCCUGGGCUGCUCCACCUCCGCCACCGGCCUGGGCUCCUCCACCUCCGCCACAGUCCUGGGCUCCUCCAUCUCCGCCACAGGAGUGGGCUCCUCCACCUCCACCACCGCCGGCGGCACCGACGUAUGUUCCGCCGCUUCCCAACUGGCCGUGGGUGGUACCGGAGCUCGUCGUGAUCGACAGCGACAACGAGAACCAGUAG